CCCGCUUUCGGUACAUCAUAAUAGUCUAAAGUUUAAUUAUAUUACGCAGUAAGUAAACGGAUAGUGGUACUUAGUACGCAAAAUGAGGGCUAAUUACCCUGAAGUAGAAUAUAGCAUGGAAUCUACCCCAUUUCAGUGGUUGAAAAUGAAGUUGAGACAAAUGUGGUCGUUUUUGAACUCUACAAGUUUUCUGAUGUCGACGGCAACAACUUUAUUAAUCACUACCGGUUUAUCACUCCUGACAUCAGGGAUCGUCUUAUUAGUAAUCGCUGGCAAAUACUUUAUAUUUCUGGGCGAUUCUUUCUUCGUGCUCCCGAUAUUCAUCACUGCUGUCGCUGUCAUAAUCUUCUUAACGUCUUUACUCGGAUACUACGGUGUGAAAUUAAAAAAAUAUGAUUUAGUCGUAGCGUAUAUCGCAAUACUAGUAAUUAUAUUAGUAUUUGAAAUAAUAAUUACCAUUCUUGGAUUUGAACUGUCAGAUUAUGCUUACAGUAGAAGAAUUAUCAACUACCACAUGUUUGAGUUAAUGAAGGAAUAUAAGAUUGGAUAUGUUGAGGGAUAUGAAACUGAGUAUUGGGAUAAUAUGCAAAGCGAGUUAAAAUGCUGUGGUUUCAAUGGUGUAAAUGACUGGGGUUCCCAAAUACCACUUAGUUGUUGCCAUAUACCCAGCGGAUCUCAGACGCCCUUCCAAUGCACAUAUCAAAACUUAUACCAAACCAGUUGCAGAAAUAGAUUAAGGUGGAUGAUUGCAGAUUUUGCGUAUGCCAUCGGAGUUACCUGCGCCAUAGUAACUUGCCUACAGGUUUGUUUCACAGCUUUAUAUAUGUGUAUUGUAUAUUAG